GAUAUGUUUCUUGUUAUAGCUUAAAUUUUCUAGAUGGCACCAGCGCGAGUCUCACGACUUUUUGGAUGACUGUCGUCGUAUCGUAAUUGGCAAAAUCCCCCUCAGUGCAGUCACUGAUUGCUUUGAAACCUCAUCGGAGUCCGAGUCUCCUCCCGCUGCGCCACAAGAAGUGUUUCCACAGCUGUUUGCUUCAUACACCUCAUCGUCUUCGAGUGAUUACGCUUGGAGGGGAGAAGAUUCGGAAAAUGAUCUUUUAAACGCGCUCAGUACUCCACCGGGGGGCAGUAGCAGGGCUUCUACACAAAAGAGGAAUGUAGCUGAGGAAGAGUGGGCGCCAAUAGUCAUUACUGACGAAAAGCGCCAUCGAUCAGUGGAUGCACCCACUCGUUCACUACGUAACAGUAUCGGUUCUUUCUUCAAGAGAGAUCUCGGUAGUGAUAAGGGGUCCAUAGGAUCUCAUGGUGAACGUGUGGUAGAGUACGCAAUCAGCUCAUCGGCAAGUCAUGAUAAUGUGCAAGCCGAGGAAGCAGAAGAGGCAGUCGAAUGUUUGACGCCAGUCUCACGACAAUCCCCAGAGCGCUUGGCUUACGCUAAACCAAGAGUAGAUCCUCAAAAUGAGGGGCUGCGCAUAGCACAAGCCGCACAAGCUGUGGCGCUUGCUGUUCGUCGAGAACAUCAUUCUGUAGUGCAGGAUACAACUGACGUUACCGCUCGAUCAAGAUCUGCUUCCUUUCUGUUUGAUAGUCCUCAUGUUGACGAUCGGGAGAAAUCAAGCAUGCAAGAGCGAGAAAAGAGCGAUGUGGGCACCGAGCGCGGAAAAAGUGAUGCCGAGAAUGCGCACAACAACGGGAACGGUGAGGGGACGAGAAAUCGUUUUUCCAUAGGUUCUUUCUUCACCAAACUGAACAGACAACGUUUCGCGACACAGAUUUGCUUUGUGAUGACCUGUUUUGCUUUCAGCGAGAGAACUUCUUCGUGUCCGGAUUUUCUUGGUGAGAAAAGAACUCCAGUGGGAGCGAUCCUUGCUGAAGUAGCAGUCAAGGCACCCCAAGAAGAUCUGCUGGAGAGGUUUCCGUAUCUGAGACUUAUGCUGAAAUUGAGGCAAAUCUUGAAAGUGAGCACGAGGUCAGAAGAACCGCGUACAUGGAAAAGAGUAAAGUACGUUACUCGAGCAUCUUUGCUAUAA